AAUUGAAAGAAAUAUUUUCAUGAUAGGAAAAAGGAAAUAAACAAGAACACAGCGAACCAGGACCAGUCAAACUCACCAACGUUGUGAUGAUAAGCCAAGAAGACGAGAACACAAUCAACAAGCACCUAGAAUCUCAACGCGAUUUAAUCGGAACCCAAGUGAACAAGUGUUGUAAUAAUAAUGGUGGCAUGUCUUACAUGCUUCCCAGAAUCACUGCCAAGACAAACAAAUUUGACCAACUCUCCCACAAUCUUUACUUCUGAAGAAGCCAUUUCAUUACUACACAAAUGUCAGCACUUCAAGCACUUGAAACAGAUUCAUGGGAAGAUCAUAUGCACUGGUCUUGAGAGAGACCAGGGAGUGGUGACCAAUUUGCUUCGUGUUUGUUCGUCGUAUGGGAAGAUGGAGUAUGCACGACAUGUGUUUGACAAAAUGUCUAGCAGACCCACGACGUUUAUGUGGAAUGUGAUGAUUAAAGGGUUUUCUGCAAAUGGUGAAGGGAGUGAGGCUGUGGGGUUUUAUAAUCGAAUGGUGAGGGAAGGGGUGGAGUUGGAUAAGUUCACGUUUCCGUUUGUUGUGAAGGCGUGUGGGAGUGUGGCGAAAGGGAAGGAGGUGCAUAUGAUGGCGGUGAAAACUGGGUUUGGUGGAGAUUUGUAUUUUCAGAAUUGUUUGAUGGAUUUUUAUUUUAAGUGUGGCGAGGUUUUAUGUGGGCGGAAGGUUUUUGAUAAGAUGAGAGUGAGGAAUGUGGUGUCGUGGACGACUGUGAUUGCCGGGUAUGUGUUAUGUAAUGAGUUGGAUGUUGCUAGGGUUUUGUUUGAGGACAUGCCGGUGAGGAAUGUGGUUUCCUGGACGGCGAUUAUUGAUGGGUAUGCGAGGAAUGGGAGGCCACAAGAGGCGUUUGAUUUGUUUUGGAGAAUGCAGCUUGAGAAUGUGAAGCCCAAUGAGUUUACUUUGGUUAGUUUGUUGAUAGCAUGUACGGAGUUAGGGAGCUUGAAGUUGGGUGCUUGGGUUCAUGACUUUGCUCUGAAAUGUGGUUUUAAACUUGGGAUUUACCUCGGUACUGCUCUUAUAGACAUGUACAGUAAAUGUGGUAGUUUGGAGGAUGCUAAAAAGGUAUUUCAUGAAAUGGAAAAGAGGAGCUUAGCAACAUGGAACUCGAUGAUUACUAGUUUGGGUGUCCAUGGAUGUGGAGAGGAAGCCCUUUCCCUGUUUACAGAUAUGGAGAUGGCUAAUGUACAGCCGGAUGCAAUUACUUUUGUAGGUGUUUUAAGUGCAUGUAUACAUUUAAAUAAUGUAGAACUUGGUGUUAAAUUAUUCGAUUAUAUGAAGGAACGUUAUGGUAUACAACCCAUUCAAGAACAUUACUCUUGCAUGCUUGAGUUACAUAGCCGUGAAAGCAUGAUGGAAGAAGCUUAA